CACCAAACAGAUGUUAUGUAUAAAAUGCAAACAACUGUAAUUUAUUGAUAAUAUUUUAUGUGUAAAAUAUUAUCAAAAGUAUCUCCUCAAAGAACCACGUAGAAAGGCAUCCAAUCAAAUGUAAAAGACAAGGGGGUUGCUUUCUCUUUUCAGUCCGUUAAAGCUCUAUCUAAUUUAAUUGGUUGCUUCCUGUCUACUAUAUCAUAAAUAAUGUCAACAUCUGCAUGAAAUUGCAUAGCAAAGCUCUUUGACGUCGUGGCUCUUGUAACAACUAUAUAUACACAUCGAUAUUAUCGGGGCUUCACUAUUCCCUAAAUUUCUCCAUAGUCACUAUCAGAACAAGGAGAAGAAGACUUACACUAUGGAGGUCGGAGAACACAAUCCAAUUUUCCAUCUACCUCCAGGUUUCAGGUUCCAUCCUUCUGAUGAAGAGCUCAUCAUCCAUUACUUGCAAAAGAAAGUGACUUCAAAACCACUCCCAGCAUCAGUAAUCGCUGAAAUAGACCUCUAUAAGCAUAAUCCAUGGGAGUUACCCAAGCAGGCUUUGUUUGGAGAUGAUGAAUGGUUCUUUUUCAGUCCAAGGGACAGGAAGUACCCAAAUGGAGCACGGCCUAAUAGAGCUGCAGCUUCUGGUUAUUGGAAGGCUACUGGCACUGACAAGCCCAUUCUCACUUCUGGAUCAAAGAGUAUUGGAGUCAAGAAAUCACUGGUCUUCUAUAUUGGCCGACCUCCAAAAGGAGCAAAGACAAACUGGAUUAUGAACGAGUAUAGACUUCUUGACACGAUGAUUAAACCACCAAGGUUGAAAGAGUCCAUGAGAUUGGAUGAUUGGGUCCUCUGUCGAGUCCGAAAAAAAGACAUGAUAAAAAACAUGUGCGAAGCUCGGGACAACAAUAGCACAGAAUCAGUGAGAGAUUCACCAAGAAACAAGGAGAGCACAUCUUAUAUGCUUACGAAACACGGUCCCUCGAAAGCACCAUAA